AUGUCUGCCCCUAUCCCCUCCUUCCCUUGCUCGCCUUCCUCCUCUUCAUCGAAUCAGCGCCGGACACUGCACUCCAGCGGCUCACCUUCAAAAGCCUCGUCCUCUUCCUCCUCUUCGCGCUUGCGCACAUACCUGCCAGACCGGACAUCACGAUCGCCAGACCCAGACGACCGGAUGAAUCGGUCUCCACGGUUUCCCGAGCCGGUCCAAUUCGAUCCCACACUGGCCAUACCCGACUACGCUCAUCAUGCUUCGGCCUACAUCCCUUCAGAUACGGCUCAUCCUCUAUCGAAACCCCCACUCCAGAAAAGAUCGAGCAGCCUCUCUGUUCCCCGUAAUAUCCCGUCCCGCCCACUCAGCCGAGACGGUGCGGCCAUACCCAAACCUCUCGUCCGUCUCAUCCUGAUCUUGGUAACAAUGGCUGCCGGUGCGUUACUUCUCGUGCGGACGACCGCCCCGCGGAUACCUCUUUUCCGCGUCAACGUGCGGAGGGAGUUCAAGGAGGCAGGUGGAUAUGAGCCACCUCAGGUUGGAUCUACCCGCAUGCUGCAGAAAGCUAGCGCGCCCCGUUCCGCGCGCACACCCCUCACCUUUGUCCCUCAUCCCAUUCCCUUCUCGCACGAGCUCCUCGCGCUCCAAUCCUACCUCCUUCAAUCCUCCCAUAACGCACUGCCUCCCAACAUCAACCCCUCCAAACCCCUCGACGGCAACGCCAUCCUCUCCAUCUCACCCGCCAAGCUCGGCCGCCCCGGAUCCGCCAACGAAGCGGCCUGGCUGCGGGAGCUCGAGCACGAGCGGGAAGAGGACAUUGUCAUCUGGGCACCGGCCGCCUCGGGCGUCGAGGUCGAGGGCAUGUACGAGGUCCUCGGCAAGCUUCAUCAUAAUGCCAAGUCGCCAUCCCUCAUCCAGCUGCAGGACCGGUCAGACGGGGAGGUUCUGGAGAAGAUCAUGACGAGGCUAGGGGUGGAGGUGAAGAAGCCGCUCAUGAUGCUGGGGAACAAAAGGGUGGUGGGCGGAUUGACAGAGCUGAAGCGGAUGAUGAAGGCAGGCGAGCUCGAGACGGAGCUGGAACGGAUAGGGUGGCUGGAUGCGAAGAAGGUCAAGGAGAUGAAGGAGAAGGUGUACGAGGUGGUCAAGCCAUUCGCGGUAAAAGGGGAUAAGGGUGAGGCGGCGGCUGAGGGCAAGCCGGGUGCUGAUGCCGAGGCGGUUGAGGAAGACGGUGGAGACGGGCCACGUAUAAUGAACGCUGCGUUUAAGCAAUAA